AUGGACGUUAUUAAACACCUCCAUAAGGUGACGAAAGGCCCGUGGCUUAGUGUUGGGGAUUACAACGAAAUUGUGGAUAUGUCGGAGAAAUGGGGUGGAGCAGAGAAGAGAGAUGGCCAAAUGGAAUUAUUUCGUGGCAAUUUAGAAGAGUGUGGACUCAGUGAUUUAGGAUACGUUGAAUCAAAAUAUACUUGGUCUAAUGCACGGGAAGAUGGCAGAUUCCUAAAGGAACGCCUAGAUAGGGCGUUAGCAAAUGAUGAAUGGUGCUCAAUGUUUCAACAUGUGGAAGUGCAAGUCCUGGCCGCAAGGUCUUCUGACCAUAAGCCACUGUUGAUUUUGUUUACACGAUCAAAGAAGGAGGACGCCUGUGUGAAACGGGGCUUUCGGUUUGAAGCAAAAUGGAAAACAGGAGAUAGUGCGGGGAGCGUGGAAAACAAGAGAAAAUUCAGAUUUUUAGAACAACUCCUGAAACACAAGACGAAGCAACUCCAAAAUCUCCAGAACAACGAGGGUCCACAUAAUCAGAGGCAGAUAAAAGAACUUAAAAGAGAUAUAGCAGUGAUUCUUGAUCAAGAAGACCUCAAGUGGAAACAAAGGGCUAAACAGACUUGGUACACAAAAGGGGAUCGUAACACUCCUUACUUUCUUUCUUGGGCGAACCAACGAAAGAAAAGAAAUCAAAUAUCCUGUAUAAGGGAUGAGGAGGGUGAAGAAUGGCAGCAUCUACACGAAGUAAGGAGAGCUUUUGAGGGUUAUUUCCAUAAGAUAUAUACCUCAGGUGGCUCUGAAAGACUAGACGAAUGCCUGGAAGGAAUGACAGUACGAGUAACUCAGGAAAUGAACACACUGCUGUUGACCAUAUAUACACGGACUGAAGUGGAGAAGGCUCUUAUGGGGAUGGCUCCUUUAAAGUCCCCAGGACCGGAUGGGUAUGCUGCCUGUUUUUAUCAAAAAGCCUUGCCCACAGUGAAGAACGAAGUGUGUGAUGCAAUCUUAGGCUUCUUGAACGAAGUCAUUGCUAAUAGAUUGAAAAAGGUACUGCCAGAUAUCAUUUCCCCCAAUCAAAGUGCUUUCGUACCAGGUCGACUCAUUACAGACAAUAUUCUAGUGGCCUUUGAAGCUUUGCAUACCAUGAAUGGAAGAAUGAAGGGAAGCAAGGGUUAUAUGGCACUGAAGCUUGAUAUGAGCAAAGCGUAUGACAGAGUGGAAUGGGGCUUUUUAGAAGAAAUCAUGCUCAAAUUGGGCUUUGAUCGGAGAUGGAUCCAAAAAGUGAUGCUAUGUGUCCAAACGGUGACGUAUUCGGUGCUGAUUAAUGGUCAAGCUCAUGGUCAUAUUCGGCCAUCUAGGGGACUGAGACAGGGAGAUCCACUCUCCCUAUAUCUCUUUAUUCUUUGUGCAGAGGGACUCAGUCACAUGCUUGGUAAGGCGGAAGAGAAUAAACACAUCUCGAGUUUACCCAUCACAAGUGGAGGCCCAAAAAUAAAUCAUCUCCUAUUUGCAUAUGAUAGUCUCCUUUACUGCAGGGCAAAUAUGGAUGAAUGGAAAGAGAUGCAAGCACUUUUAGAAAUGUAUGAGCGAAGUUCGGGGCAAUGCCUAAACAAGGACAAGACAUCAAUAUUUUUCAGCCGAAAUACUAAGCCGGAGGUUCGGGCUCAUUUAAAGUCAAUUGCAGGAGUAGGAGGCACACAGAAUUAUGAAAAUUAUCUCGAUCUUCUAGCGUUGAUUGGUAGAUCAAGAAUACGGUCUUUCAACAAAAUUCAGGGACGAGUUUGGGAUCACCUCAAUGGGUGGAAGGAGCGAUUUUUGACUCAUGCAGGUAAGGAAGUUCUUUUGAAGGCCAUUAUUCAAGCUAUUCCUAUAUACAUGAUGAGUGUAUUUAAACUCCCUAAGACUCUUAAUCGGCAGAUUAAUUCGAUGAUGGCUCGGUUUUGGUGGGGUCAUAAGGAAAAUACUUUGCGAGUAGCGUGGAUGGGUUGGGAAAGGAUGGGCAAAAGUAAGGCAAGGGGAGGAUUGGGCUUCCGAGACCUAGAGAGUUUCAAUGAGGCUCUUCUAGCAAAACAAGGGUGGAGGUUGGUGCAUGACCCCACUUCUUUUGUAGCUCAGAUUCUUCAAGCCAAGUAUUGUAAAAAUAAAACUUUUUUGGAGUCAAAUUUGGGGAAUAUGCCAUCCUUUGCAUGGAGGAGUAUAUGGGGGGCGAAGAAAUUACUAGAGGCGGGCUUGAUAUGGAGGGUGGGAAAUGGGCACUCAAUUAACAUUUGGGGAGAUCGUUGGCUUCCAACCCCUACCACACAUAUGAUACAGUCUCCUCAUAGUGUGCUUCACCAUAAUGCAAAGGUAAAGGAAUUAAUUGACGAUGAUACCCAGUGGUGGAACAUUCCUUUGAUUGAAAAAGUGUUUAUGAAAGACAAGGCCGAGGUUUUUUGUAACAUGGUGAUCAGCCCAGGCAGCCAACGUGACAAAUUAAUUUGGGUGGGGACGAAGAAUGGCAAAUUUUCAGUCCGAAGUGCGUACCAUUUAGCACAAACUAUUGGUGAUAAUAGGAGGGGCUCUACCUCAGCAGCAAGAUGUGGGGGUACUAUCUGGAAGAAAAUUUGGUCUAUUAAAGGACCUCGGGUCAUGCAGUUUUUCUUGUGGAAGGCCUGCCAAUAUACUCUUCCUACGAAAGGAAAUAUUUUCCGUCGUCGAAUCACGUCUGACCCUUUGUGCCCUUUGUGUGAACAGAUGGAGGAAACCGUGGGUCAUAUUCUUUGGGGUUGCCCAUCCGCCCAAGAUAGCCCAGUUGUGCCAAUUCCCAUUUUGUCCUUUCUAGAAAUGGGUUCCAACAUAGUCCAACAACAAAUCCCUAGAUUAUCAAAAGAUAACUAUGGGUCAUGGUCUAUCCAAAUGAGAGCCCUGUUUGGGUUUCAAGAUCUGUGGGAAGACAUUACUGACGGAUUUAUAGAACCCACUGAGGAGGAGGAAGCUGAAUACACAGCAGAUGAGAAGAAGACUCUUAAGGAGCAAAGGAAGAAGGAUAAAAAGGCCUUGUUUUUACUCUAUCAAGCAUUGGACGAGUCUACCUUCGAGAAAGUUGCCGAAGCAAUGACAAGUAAACAAGCAUGGGAGAUUCUAGCUUCCAUCUUCAAAGGAGAUGAACGGGUGAAACGGGUCCGUCUCCAAUCAUUAUGGGGCGAGUUCGAGGCUCUUCACAUGAAGGAUGGAGAAUCGGUGUCCGAUUAUUUCUCAUGA